GGCGCUUCCGUGAGUCACGUGAUCCUCGUCGCCCUUGUCUUGUCCGGUCCGGUCUUCCUCUUUAGCAUUAGCACGGCUAAUGCCACUGCGGUAAAAUGUUCGGAGCUGUGUUCCGACUGUCAGCCACAGCGGCCCGGAGUCUGGCUCGAUCACGACCCUGCUGCGCAGCUCCAUUGGCCUCCAGAUGUUACUCCCAUGGAAAAGUGGAGACAGAUGAGGAGUUUGAUGCCCGGUGGGCCACUUACUUCAGCAAGCCUGACAUAGAUGCCUGGGAACUGAGGAAAGGCAUUAACACCCUGACUGAGUAUGACCUGGUACCUGAGCCUAAGAUCCUGGAUUCGGCACUAAGAGCUUGUCGGAGACUGAACGACCUGGCCAGUGCCAUCCGCAUCCUUGAAGCUGUCAGGGACAAAGCAGGUCCCCACAAAGACAUCUAUCCCUACCUGAUUCAGGAGCUAAAGCCCACCCUGGCAGAACUCGGCAUCUCAACACCAGAAGAGCUGGGCCUUGACAAGUUAUAGACAAUUAAGGUCAUUUGAUUUCUAAAAAGAUGAGCUCUCCUGAUUCUGUCCUGUCAAAAAUGUCUAUAUUGUUGAUUGAAUCCAUGCUGUCCUGAUGUGUACAAAAUGGUGGACUUAAUAAAAAACAGAAAUUGAA